AUGACUGAAUCCUGGAAUAUCAAGGACUACAAUGUUGAUAUACAACACGCAUAUACCCUUCUCAGCACAUCUGCGAAUCUUGGACCGUUGUCCGUUGGACCACAUUUCAAGGUGCUUGAGAGUCAAAUCCCUCAGACCGUCCACGAAUUCAUCACAAGGUUCCCCGAGGUAUUCCCCCUUGUCGUUGCAGAGAUCAUUGACAAUGUCUCUCGGCCCAGUACACCGAGUGUGGCUCCCAGCCGGAAGUCUGCUCUGAGGCCAAUUGUGGAUCCGAAAAUUAAAGUGGCCGCCAUCCUUCAGUCCCGGCUGCAAACAUGCCAGGAGGAGGAAGAAAUGGCUUUACGGAAGGUCAUGGAUAUGUCGAUGGAUGAGGAGGAUGGUACAGAUAAGGAGGAUUUUCGCGAAUGUCUCGGUCCUCGAAGAGCCAACUCUAUGAGCGGAUGGGACGAUGUAGGAGACGAUUACGAAAGUCUCCCGCCCUCUUCUUGGGCAUCGGCAUCCUUGCAAUCUCAAAUUCCAGCAUUCAAUCGCCGGCAGCACGAGACUGAGGAUCAAUCGGCAGUGUGCAAUGAAUGCGGAACGAAUUUGUCAGGAUCUCUUGUCGCUCUUUUAGCUGAACAAACGUCAAAGACAUCGGUGGGUGAGGAGCGAACCACACCGAGGAAGAGGAUCAGUGACGUGUCGCCUGGAAACUUCUCAGCCAAGCAGAAGAAGUCCAAUCAUGAAGAUCUGUAUCCUGGCAAGGACGUUGUGCUUCGAGAAUCUAUGGUGAAAGCCCUGGCGGCCUCUCGAUAUUGGAACGACCCGUCGAUGUUGAUGUCGGACGUUGUCAGAAGUGGGUACUUCAAACGCAAAAUCAGUCUAUCAGCAGAAGCUAUCAUCAUCAUGAACCACAAUGGCGUAGCAACCUCCAGUAUCUUGGCUUUGGCGCAACAGAGCCUCGAUGAUUUGCAGGCGGCUUUUGAUCCGGCGUCGGCUGACGGAGAAACCCGCGAAGCGACUUUGAAUCGCUUGAUUGCGAGUUGCCGUGCCAAAGGCGGAGCAGGAACUCAAGUCAAGCAGCGGCAGUGUUCAGCCACUGGCCGAUCCAUGAAGAUUGGGGGCCUUGUUCAUCGGCAUGGAGAUGACGCGAUUGUUGAGAGGGACAACGGCGACUUGGUCAAGGAGCGUGAGCAGCGCGAUAUUGACCCCGUCAGUGGGCAACCCGGUACCCUAGCUGAAAGCCUCAUGCGUGCUCUUCAAUCUGGUUUCGACCCUCUUGAAUCCUAUUACACUGCGAACAAGCUCUAUCGCCUCGUCUCAAUCCUGUCCCAAAGCAUCUGGAAAUCGAUCUCGAUCCCCAUCAACAGGUCCCUAUCAGCUUUCAUAGUCCCCGAUCCAUUCGGAAUACUGGGUCCCGAUGAGAUACACUUUUACUUCCCUGAUGAGCCGAUCCGAGAUUCUGACUCCCUCGCUCCGGUCAUCCACCUAUCCGGCCCCGUCUUGGCCUACCGAUCGCCAUGCAAACUACCUACAGAUGUGAGAAAAUUCACGGCGGUCCGAAAGGAAGAGUUGCUCCAUUUACGGAACUCUUCUGUGCUCGGAGGCGGUGACCACGAUGGCGACACUCUCAAUGUGAUUUGGGAGCCCAGCCUUGUGCAGUCCUUCGUCAAUGCAGACCUCUCGGUCCUCGAUGCCCCUGAUGACUUCGAAUCUGAAAACUUUGACAAGGAGGUGCUUCAGGUUGAGGCCGUAGCAAGUGGAGUGCAGUCAGUCGAUGAGAUGAUUAUGAAUCACCAAGUCUUUUUGCUCGUUGCACUCAAGGACGACAAAUCUACCGGCAGCUACUCAAGUCUACAUACCAAUGCCAUAUAUCUAAAUGGACCAGACCAUCCGGAUACUGUGCGAUUAGCCCGCAUAUUCUGUCUCGUCUUGGACGCCCGUAAGAGUGGUUUAUGCAUCAAACACAAGGUCAAGGCAAAUGACCAAAGAAAAUAUGGUGGGGUCGUAGCCUGGAGGACAUAUUGCAAAGAUCUGGGGUCUAGUCAUAACGAGCGAGAGAUUCUCCGUCCUAAUCAGUUGGGCCCUUUCGUCAUAGACGAGCUGAUUGACGCCCUCAAGAACAAAAGGAAUAUGCUCCUGACUUGUUUUCCGAACCCUCUCACGAAACUGUCGACAUCGGUGUCAGACUACCAAGCUUUCUCACGACCAAUCACAACAUGCAACGAGUCACCUCUCAUGUCCGUCAGAGGACGGCAACAGCUCAAGGAUCUCGAGAGGCAUUGCUCGGCGUGCUAUAUUAUUCGUACAACCAUCACUUCCACGAGAGAGCAGGAUAUGGACCCACCUCGCCUCGCAAACAGGUCAAACCCACGGAUCACGGAUGGGAAGCACGAGCAGGAACAGAGAAAUGCCGAACUACUCAUGCUCACUCAGAUCCGGGUGCUGGCAAGUAUCUGGAGAGAUGGGUUUACACUGGCCGACGCCGCUUGGAUACCAAAUGCAGCUAAUGGCGAUGGUCGAGGCCUACAAGAGCUCAAAGUGGCAUGUGGCAGCAACUGCGAAUCCCGGUAUCAGAAACAAGAGUUUGUCUUCGAAAUGGACUUUGAAACCGCUUGCAGGCUGAAGGCAUGUGCUGCUGGCAUUUCAAGCACAGUUUUAUCGAGUGUUUUAGAGAACAUGAAGCCGCGUCAAUAA